GUGCGGUACUAUGCAUUUUCAGUUGAUACGACUAUACACAUAUAACUAUCUAUGUGUUCCCCUUCACCAACCAAACCAAACCAAAUCCAUUCAUCCAUCCGUCCAUUCAUCCAUCCGUCCAUUCAUCCAUCCGUCCAUUCAUCCAUCCGUCCAUUCAUCCAUCCUCCAUUCAUCCAUCCGUCCAUUCAUCCAUCCGUCCAUUCAUCCAUCCGUCCAUUCAUCCAUCCGUCCAUUCAUCCAUCCGUCCAUUCAUCCAUUGAUGCAUCCAUAGAUAGAUACAUACAUAUCCAUAUCCAUAUCCAUAGUCCAUAGUCCAUAUCCAUAGUCCAUAUCCAUAGUCCAUAUCCAUAAUCCACAUCCAUAAUCCACAUCCAUAGUCCCUAUCCAUAGUCCCUAUCCAUAGUCCAUAAUCCAUAAUCCAUCCAAGACUAUCUCAACAACGAUAAUCCAUAGUCCAUAUCCAUAAUCCAUCCAAGACUAUCUCCACAACGAUAAUCCACAUCCAUAUCCAUAAUCCAU